AUGGCGUGGCAACUAGACUCGUGGUGUCACGCAGGAGCCACUCUUGCAGACGGGGGUGGGCGCCAGGGAUUGAGCUGCCAGCCAAUCAUGAUUAGGAAUGACCGGCCGAUGCCGGGAUAUCCGAGUGAAAGAAAAUCGGCAUUUUACUUUUGGGUACUUGACGGUCAGGCCACUAUUGUACUUGCCAAGUGGUGUGGCAGGAUGUAUCCGCAAUUAGACUGUAAUGCAUGCUCUCACACACCACCUACACCGAUUGGUAAACUCGUACUUGGCUUUCUCGUAUUCCAUGAUCCACGCGGAAGCUUAUGCCCGGAAUAUCCGGCUGGGCUUUCUGUCUCUUCGGAGCGCCCGUUUGGGGGCAACACAGCGUUAUUCAGUCAGCCAACAGCAGUCCAAAAUCAGUCGCCUUGGUACCCACGGCAAUUCGGCAUACGCCGUAGUAUGCUCACAGCCUUGCAUAUUACGUACCUUAUUUCUACAUGUCUUGACCCAGCAGUUGUUCCUGGGCGUGGCUUAGCUGCAAACCCUGGAUUGUAA